CGCACUACUACUAUGCCAGAAUGUCCUGAUCGGGAAUCGUGAAUACGUCCCACGUACAUUGGACCAUAGGUUAUCACUUGCACCACAGUAUCCGUAUGGGAAUCGUGGGCCGAAGGCUGAAUCGUCGUGAAAUUGUAUAAUUUUGGGAAUUGAAAAUGAUUUUAUAGGUGCAGAAGGGAGAGUUUAGUGUUACUAUCUGGGAAUACGAGCUUGUUUUGAACACCACUCGGGGACUAACCUAGCUCACGUGAGCAUCAUCCCUAUGGGACGUCGAAGAGGCCUUUUUGAUUAUACACACACUAUUUUUCAGAAGAUUUGCUAAAAAAUGCUCUACUUCUGUCCUACAUGCGCAAACCUUUUGAUUGUUGAGGAGGGCUCUCAGGGUAUGCGCUUCUCUUGUGUAACAUGCCCUUACAUAUUCCCAAUCAAACGGUGUGUCUCGUACAGAAUCUACCCCAAGCUUAAAGCUCUUGAUGAUGUUUUAGGUGGGGCUGCUGCUUGGAAGAACGUUGACUCAACAGAUGAACCAUGUCCCAAGUGUUUCCACCCUAGAGCAUUCUUCAUGCAAGUUCAGACGAGGUCAGCUGAUGAACCUAUGACACUUUUCUACAAGUGUUGCUCACCGACUUGUGGCCAUAGGUGGAAAGAGUAA